ACCGCAAAGCACACCUCAAUAAUGGGAGAAGUACCCGAAAUUACAGAUUUGCGCAAAGUUAUUGAGCCGCAUUUGAACGGCGCCACACUUGAAUCCUACGAAAGCCGAUAUCUGACUAAGCCCGGUGAUAAUUAUGGAAGUAUUAUGCUAGCGAUCAAUGCGAAAGUUAAACAAUCGAAUGACAUCCUUGAGGAUUUGCCACUAAUUGCAAAGUUACCGCCACUUACCAAUGAUUUGUAUUGGCAAAUUUUUCAACCCGAACGUACAUGCAUUACGGAAAAUGCCGUCUACAAGUAUUUGGUACCGGAGCUCGAAAAGCUACAGCUUGAAUCCGGCGUAUUGCCAAUCCAUCUCUUUGAUGGCUUUCCACGUUACUUUGGUUCGCGCAUCUCACUCAGCACGGAAACCAGUAAGCUUGACAGAGAUGCAGUUCUUGUGCAGGAAAACUUAACGGCACGUGGUUAUAAACCUGGCAAUAGGCACAAGCCGUACGAUCUGCAGCAUACGGUUCUCAUUCUGCACUACAUGGCGCAGUUCCACGCCUUGCCCCUUGCCCUUCGUCUAAAAAAACCAAAAGUUUUUGAGCAAAAUGUUUUACCGUAUUUCAAAAAAUUUAAUAUGGGUGACAAUAUGGGACCUGAUACCAAAGAUGUGUUAAACAAUGAAACUUUAAAUGACGUUAAGGAUGUCUGCAAAGACGAUGAUGGCGUUUAUCAGCGCGUAAAAGAAUUACUGGACAUCUUUGAUGCCUUUCAGGCAACUAAACAUGUAGAGAGUGGGCCUUGGACCUCUGUAGUUCAUAUGGACUUAUGGAUAAAUAACAUGAUGGUCAAAUAUGAUGAUGUUGGCCUUCCCGCUAAGCUUAAAAUUGUAGACUUUCAAAUUGCCCAAUACGAGUCGGUGGUCCACGACCUAAUCUUUUUACUGCUGUCAAGUGUAGAUACAUUGGUGUUGGAAGAAAACUAUUAUCAUUUUCUACGCAUAUACUACGAAGCAUUCAUUCAGUCAUUGCAUACCGUGAAUGUGGAUACAAAAGGCUAUAGCUAUGAGGCUUUUGUCAAGGAAGUUCAACGUGUGGCGCAUAUACAGGUGCCACAUGCUCUCUUCAUGACGAAGGUACUCUUGGCUGACAACAACACGCUUCCAAGCGAUUACAAGGAUGUUGAUUUGACGGUUUUAACUAAAAACAGAGGAGGUGAAAAAAUACUGCUUAAAAUUGGUGAAAUUUUAAGGUUGGCUAAAGUGUUUAACAUAUUACGACGCUACGUGGAACUCAUCAGAAUGAAUAACCUGCCAGUAAUUCAACGAUUGGGUCAAGUAAUUGAGCCAGCACUUAAUGGCGGUAGCCUCUAUUCGUAUGAAGUAGAAAGCUUAACACAGCCGGGUGAUAAUUACGGCAGUGUUUUAAUAUCCAUUCGAGCCAAAGUGCAGUGUCCCGAUGGUAAGCUGUUUUCUAAGCGGUUUGUAGCUAAAGUGCCACCCACAGACCCAAAACAGUGGCAAUUUAUACAGCCCGAACGCACCUGUUUGGCAGAAAUUGCAAUUUACGAGAGAUUAGCACCUGCAUUGACCACUUUACAGGAGGAGGCAGGCAUACCCAGAAACGCACAAUUUGAUGGCUUUGCGCAGUAUUUUGGCUCACGCAUAUCCCUUAUCCCAAACGCAAACGUUGUGGAUAAGGACGCAAUAUUGGUGUUGGAGGAUCUCCGGGACAGCAGCUACGUGCCGGGACAGAGGUUAGAGCCUUUUGAUUUGCUCCAUACACAUGUGGUGCUAAGGUAUAUGGCGCAAUUCCAUGCUCUGACUAUUGCUCUUCGAUUGAAGAACCCUAAUGUCUUUGAAAUGGAACUUAGACCGUUCUUUCACAAGUUCGAUUGGCAUGCAGCCGCACCGGAAACGAAAGCAGCGAUGAUAGCGGAAACAUUAGUGGAUAUUGCGGAAGCAACCGGCAACGAUCAGACAAUGAUAGCGCAUGUUAAAAAGCUGUCAACUGAAUUCUUUAGGUUUCUAGCAGCGCCGCCCAUCGAAGAUAAUGCAUUUAAUAGUGUAAUCCACUCAGAUUUCUGGACAAUGAACCUAAUGUUCAAAUAUGAUAAAUCUGGCAAGCCGACGCAAUUAAAAAUAAUCGAUUUUCAAACCGCGCAGUAUGAUUCUGUUAUACACGACCUUAUAUCGUUUUUGUUUACGAGCGUAUCAACGUUCAUAUUAGAAGAAAACUACGAGAAUUUACUGAAAUUUUAUUAUGAUGUCUUUGUUGAGACUCUUACUAGAAUGGGUGCAAAUACAAAUGUGUAUAGUUACGAGGCGUUUGAUGCUGAGUUGAAACGCAUCGCAUACAUUCAAGUGCCUCACUCUAUAUUCAUGACUCGAUUCAUUUUGGCGGAUGAAGUCACUUCCACUGAAAAUGAGCUCGAACUAUCUCAGGUGCUAAAUACCACUAGUUCGAAGCGGGUGCAUCGGAAGCUAAUUGAAAUUUUGCGGUUGGCACAAAAAUUUAAUAUAUUAUUUUUGGAGUAAUUGCUUUGUUUUCAGCCG